AUGCUGGCUCUCCAUCAUUUUGCUGCGCCCGCCACCUGCGAUUGGCCCCGCACUGCCAGCCCGGACCCCGGUGCGCUGACUCCGCAGAGACCAUGGAGGGCGGCGGGCGAAUCAUCGCAUCGCCCCAAACUGUCCACCUCAUUCCUGCAUGCAGUGCCAGCGCAUCGUGCCCGCGUACUCGGUACUCACGGCCAAUGUACUCUACAGCCCCAAAUCCCUUGCCGCAGCCAGGUUCCAUCCUAUUCUGGUUCCAGACCGGACUGA